AUGAAGUGCUUUGCUACCAGGGCGCUCACGCUCGCCGUCUCCUUUAUUGGCUGUACAUCGGUCCUGGCGCAAACACAAGCCGGCAGCCGAAAUGACGAAGGCUACAUUGGGUACACUCUCGAGCAGAACGGCGAUCCAGAGGCGGCCGUCUACCAAACAUCAAACACAGACACGAGCGGCGGCAUUGAGCUGCCCGAGGAGCCAGACGUCUACCUGAACGCAUCGGUCUCGGUGCAAGAGAUUUCGAUCGAGGUCGAGAACAUCACGGCCAAGGUCAACCUCGACGCCCAGGUCCUGAAGCUGCUGCACUUCACAGCCGGCGUCGACGCGUCCAUCGACCGCGUCAAGCUUUCCAUCCAAAACGUGUCGGCCAAGGUGGAGCUCGAGGCCCGGCUCGGCAACCUCCUGCAGAUGGUCAACGACGUGCUCGACUCAAUCGACCUGAACCCGAUCGUGGCGACGCUGGGCAACACGGUCGGCGGCGUGAUCAACGACACGGUGGGUGUCAUCACCGACCCGGUGGACGAGAGCGGCCUGAGCAAGCGCAGCCUCGAGUACCACCUCGCCUACAACAUCCUCUUCAGCGUCAACAACUACAGCGGCCACAACCACCGCAACCGGGUGCUGGCGCAGAACGGCACCAUGUACGACGUCUACCUCAACGACAGGGGAGACGAGAUCUCGAGGUCCGUGGCCGGCUACUACAGCCGCGACAUGACCUUUACGGGCCACAACAAGACCAUCAGCAUCGACGGCGAGCCGAUGGAGUUUGAGAUGCAGUACGUCUACCAGCCGUACAUGGGGCUGGACAUUGUUUCGCUCAUCUACAUGGACGCCAAGAACGGCCGGAUCACGAGGACAAAGGUGGUUGCCGGCAUGGAGGGCGGUGGAAGCACGACGUUCAAGGGCGAUGCUGGUUUCGAUAUAAAGUCCAACUCUUGA